CUCUUCCUCUCUCCCCAGCCCUCUCUCCUCAGCACUUCCACUCUCUUGGCCUGAUCCUGACUGCUGCCAUGGCGUACCCCCUGGAGAAGUCCCUGGAUGUCAUGGUAUCCACCUUCCACAAGUACUCAGGCAAAGAGGGCGACAAGUUCAAACUCAACAAGUCGGAGCUAAAGGAGCUGCUGACCCGGGAGCUGCCCAGCUUCUUGGGGAAAAGGACGGAUGAAGCUGCAUUCCAGAAGCUGAUGAGCAACUUGGACAGCAACAAGGACAAUGAGGUGGACUUCCAGGAGUACUGCGUUUUCCUGUCCUGUAUUGCCAUGAUGUGUAAUGAAUUCUUUGAAGGUUUCCCGGAUAAGCAGCCCCGGAAGAAAUGAAGGCUCUUCAGAGGCGGGAUGGGGGUGGGUGGUGUCUGCCUGCUGAGGUCUUCCCUGUUGGUCUCUCCCUGGCUCCUUCAGAUAUGUGCAUGAUGCUAAGCACGUUCAAUAAAGAUUCUUGAAAGCUA